AAUUUCCAAGCGUAGUCACAAAGCCAGAUGUCCUUCCAUAGUUUCCAACGCCUUUCUUGCCUUAACUUCAUCUCUCUUCCAAUUCCACUUCCAUGCAUUAGCUUUCAGCCAACUCCCACCUCCUGAUUUUCCCCUAUAUAUAUAUAUAUAUAAACCCCAUCACUCCAUCAACUCAUCCUUCUAUAUAAUUCAUCUCUAAGAUCUCUUCCUCUCAAGAUUUGCACGCAGAGAUGGUGGUUCUAUCUCAGCCAAUUGUUGAUAAUUUGGCCCAGUUCAAGACAUGCAAGCCCCCCCCCGACAUUUUCACCGGGAUUCCAGUCGUAGACCUUUCCCACCCCGACGCUAAAGCCCGUGUGGUUGAAGCCUGCAAAGAGUUGGGGUUCUUCAAACUCAUCAACCACGGCGUUUCAAUGGAGCUCUUCAACCUGCUGGAGGCCGAGGCCGUUAAGUUCUUCAAAUUACCCCAGCAAGAAAAGGAGAAAUCCGGCCCUCCCAACCCUUUCGGCUACGGCAACAAGAGAAUCGGGCCCAACGGUGAUGUGGGCUGGGUUGAGUACCUUCUCUUCUCCACCACCAACUCACACAAUCCCAACCUCAUUUUCCCUGGAAUUCCCCAAACUUUAUGGUGUCUUGUGAAUGAGUAUGUGUCAGCAGUGAGAAAUGUGGGGUGUGAAGUCCUGGAGAUGAUAGCUGACCAACUGCAAAUGGGGUCCAAGGAUGCUUUGAGCAGGCUGAUUAGAGAUGAGAAAAGCGACUCUUGUUUCAGGCUAAACCACUACCCACCCUGCCCGGAACUCCAAGCAUUGAGUGGUCGGAAUUUGAUUGGGUUUGGCGAACACACAGACCCACAAAUCAUAUCUGUUUUGAGGUCUAACAACACAUCAGGCCUGCAAAUCUGUCUUAAAGAUGGUUCAUGGGUUUCCGUCCCAUCUGAUCACACCUCCUUGUACGUAAAUGUUGGUGAUUCCUUACAGGUAAUGAGUAAUGGGAGGUUUAGGAGCGUAAAGCACAGAGUGCUGGCUGAUAGUUUGAAAUCAAGGGUGUCGAUGAUCUACUUUGGUGGGCCAGGUUUGAGUGAAAAGAUUAGGCCUUUAUCGUCAGUGAUGGAAGAUGGUGAAGAGAGUCUGUACAAGGAAUUCACAUGGUCUGAGUACAAGAAGUCAGCUUACAAGUCGAGGUUGGGUGAUAAUAGGCUUUCCCUUUUUGAGAAAUCUGCUGCCCAAUAGUCUUUUCUAGUGUGUUCUUUUAUGUACUAAAAACAGGCUAAUUUGCAAAGGGUUGACCCAAUGAACUUUUCCUAAGUACAGUUCUUUCGUCUUUUUCCUAUCACCUAACUUUUCCUGUUUGUGCUCCACUGUAACAAUUAUCCUUUAGUGUUAAUGAAAUUGUUAUCAUCUCUACACCUCA